AUGAUCGGGAAGGACCAAAAUCGGCAGUUCCGAGACGAUCCAUACAAACGAACUCUGAAGCCGAUGGACAUUGUCGAUACCAAGUUCUUUGUUGAGGCUUUGAGUGUUGCAAUGGAUUUUCAGCGACACUCACUCUGUCCAGUUUCGAUUGUGGCGGCCGGCGAUCGACUGCUCCUCGCCGGAAUCCCGCCACCCGAUUUUCUUCUAGGUAGCUCCUACGACGCUGUUCUAGAGCUGCGCGCGAGCGCGUACUUCGGUGGAAUCAUGCCACUGACCGAAUCUCUUCACUUCAAAUUCUCGGCAGACGCAGGAGAGUCUCAGGACGACGACCAGUGCUACUACACCGUUGGAGUUCAUUCUGUCAUGCCGAUGACAAGAGGGAACUUCCGCGCAAUUUGGCAAAAUAGGCUGUCAUCGCAGCCAGAGAAAGUCGCGAAUCUUGAUCCAAGCUUUCUGGGCGGCGAAAAAUCGGACGCGUCCAGCGAUGCGACAACGCCGUCCCGACUGAACUCAAACUUCGGCGACAAACCCUGGCAAGCACAGUAUGACUUCUGCAAAUACGGAAUCGAUAAACCGAUUUUGAAUAAUGGCAAAACUUCUCCACCGAAUUCACGAGCGAAGAAUCGCAAAGGAUGCCUCAAAGUGUUCCCGGGUGAUCGCGUCGACGACAAGGCGUGCUAUCAUCCAUGGGUCAUCCAUCCCUCCAAUCCCCGCAGGCAAAAAUGGGAUCUUUUUAUCAUAUUACUGGUCGUCAUUGUUCUCGUUGAGGCACCUUUGAAUGCUGCUUUCUUCCCGGAUGUCCUGGACCCGAUCGAACUUCUCAUACUCAAUGUUAUCCUGGAUAUUAUAUUCGCCGUGGAUAUCCUACUCAACUUCUGGACAGGAUAUAUCGAGGAACACACGGCGGUCGCAACACUGAAAAUGAAGCCACAAGAAAUUCGGAGAAAUUAUAUCAGGGGCUGGUUCGCCGUCGAUCUGUUGUCAACGGUCCCCUUCGAUUAUAGCAUAAUUAUAAUUCUACAAACUGCUACUCAUCUUGAUGUACAUCCGAACGAUGCCGUAGCGCAGGCGGUUAAGGUGCUCGCAAUGCUUCGAAUCCUUCGGCUCUGUCGGCUCUACCGGUACUUGCCGCGGUGUCAGAAGAUAUUUUACGCUCAGGAAUACAUGUACGCGCGAGUUUUGAGUCUGGCGCUCUUAAUGGUCAUUGUAUCACACUGGAAUGGCUGCAUGCAAUUCCUCGUCAAUCACUGCCUCGGCUUUCCUCCGAAAUCUUGGAUUUCGAUCAGUAAACUCCAGAACGCCCCCUGGUUCGAGCAAUGGUCGUGGUCCUUGUUCAACGCCGUAUCUCAGACAUUCGGGAUAGGUUUCGGAAGAUCCACGCCCGAAACCCUGGUCGAUAUGUGGUUCACCCUGUGGGGCAUGGUGACGGGGACUUCGGGGUACGCGUUGAUUCUGGCCAAUAUCGCCACGAUGUGGCAGCACGUAGAUGCCUCUCGCAAGCUUCACAGACAGAAAAUGCAAGAGAUCGAGGACUACAUGACGUUUCGGAGAUUCCCCGCAAAGCUCAGAGUUCGAGUUAGAGACUACUUUGAUCAGAGGUAUCAAGGCCAUGUUUUCAAUGAAAGCAAGAUCUUGAACACACUCUCGGAUCCAUUGAAGGAGGUAGUAAUGCGACACAACUGCGAGGAGACCGUGCGAUCGGUACCGUUCUUCGCGAAAGCGGAUCCUCACUUCGUCAACGAGCUCGUCACGAGGUUGAGAUUCAACUUUUUCCAACCCGAUGAUCUCAUAACGAAAUUUGGGACUCUCGGUUCAAACAUGUUCUUCAUCCAGUCGGGGAAAGUCACGGUCGCCAACGAGUACGGGAAAAUCCUCACAACGUUAGGAGGAGGGAUGUAUUUCGGUGAGCUGAGUAUCCUUGUGCCGUGCAAAAGGAAUGCAACGGUGAGGGCGAAGACUCACUGCAGCCUCCUGGAAUUAAGAAGCGAGGAUUUUCACCAGGUCCUGAAGAAGUUUCCCUUCAUCCAAGAGGCGAUCAGAGCCCUUGCUGCAGAGAUCGUAUCGAACGCGAAACAGUCGCCAUCGCCGCAAACGAAUGAACAGGACACGGUCACGACGCUCGGGAGCUUCAUACAGUUCUGA